AGCAGGGCAUGAAAAAUUAGGGUUUGUUCUCCGCGUCCAUUAGGACUAAGAAUGUGAUUUAAUUGCGCGCAUGAAUAAUGAAAUCAUGCAUAUACAUGUGCAAAGUGCAAACUGUAUGUGUGUCAAGCUGGCUGCUGGUUCUAUAAAUAUAAGUCCCUACUACUCGAUUCUCUCUUCACAGAAACAAAGCAAAACAAAGCCAAACACCAUGAAAACCCAGCACUCAUUUUCUCGCUACUUCUCCCUCUUUCUUCUCUUCUUAGCUAUUACUACUACCCUAGUAUCACCUUCUCAUGGGGCUUUAGGAAAAUGCAACCCCAGUGACUACAAAGGUCUUAUGAAUAUCAAGAAGUCUCUACACAACCCUUACGAGUUAACUUCAUGGAAACCAAAUACAGACUGUUGUGAGUGGUAUGUGGUCAAAUGUGAUAUCAAAACCAACCGCAUCAAGGAGUUCAGCUUGUUCCAAGGCGUAGGUGGACUCUCUGGCCAAAUUUCAUCCUCAAUAGGUGACCUUCCUUACCUUGAAACAAUAAUUUUCAGGAGCUUUAAAAAUGUCACUGGUCCGAUCCCACAAUCUGUCACCAAGUUAAAGCAUCUCACGAUGUUGGAACUCAGCCAUUUGAGCCUCUCUGGUCCCGUUCCCAACUUCCUGAACCAGCUUACUAAUCUCAACUACCUUGACCUCUCUGCUAAUCAGCUCGAGUUUGAUCUGGCAAAAGUCAAGUUUCCAAAGAGUUUAACUUGGUUGGAUUUAUCAGAUAACAAAAUCUUCGGUACAAUCCCUGAAGAAAUGAAGGGUUUGGAUUUGCAUAUGCUGAAUGUGAGUUACAAUAACUUGUGUGGAAAAAUACCAUAUGGAGGGAAGAUGCAGAGUUUCCAAAACACUGCUUAUUUCCAUAACAAGUGCUUGUGCGGACCACCAAUGACGGGCUGUAAGAAAUUGAAUGCAUGAAGUGACUGGUUGGAGUAACAUUUUGAAUUGAUGUCUUAGUACGUUUGUAAUGAAUGAUGGAAGAAGAUGUUGCAAGAUUAUGAUUAUGAAUGUUUCGGUAAUUUAAGUCUGUUUAGUAGCUCGGAAUGUAGAAUAAGUUGUCCUAGAAAGGAUUUUCGGAGAUGAUCUUGGACUGUUGUGUUGUCAUGUAAUAUUUCCUGUCAUGGGGUUAAUCUAUUAGUAAUUUUAUUUUGUUUAAUGAUCAUAUUAUGCCGAGGUUGUGCAAUGUUCUUCA